GGCAGAUAACCUGAGAGACAUACAGUAUUUCUCAUAACCUAAUUUCCCUAGUCAUUCUAGCAGUGCAUACAAUGUUUUAUGAAAAUAGUUUCAGUAGGUUAAUCUAAAUGGUAAAAGCUGAUGUCCUGUGGGAUUGUGGAUUAACAGCAUCAAGUAUUCUGGAUUGUGCUGAUUAGAGGAAGUGGUAGUUGUGAAAACAGCCACAACUAAAGAGUGACCACAACAUACUGGAUUGACCUGACAAGAGGAGGUAAUAACAGUGAAAACAGCCACAACUGAAGGGGCGACCACAACUGACUGGAUCGACCUGACAGGAAGUAAUAGGCCUACGUAGCAGUGAAUCAGUGGGACAACUACUUUUUCUGGAGGAAAUGGCUUCCAGAACUUUCUCAGAAGAGGAUUUAUCCUGUCCUGUGUGUUGUGACAUCUUCAAUAAUCCUGUUCUUCUGGACUGCACACACAGCAUCUGUGAAUCCUGUCUGCAAAAGGUGUGGAGAACCAACAGAGCGAGACAAUGUCCAGUCUGUAGAAAAAGGAACUCCCGGGACAAGUAUCCCCUCAACCUGGUUCUAAAGAACCUCUGUGAGACCUUCCAACAGGAAAUAGGUCAGAGAGAAAGAUACUGUGGUCUGCAUAUUUCUGAAUUUAAGCUUUUCUGUAAAGAUGACAAUCAACUGGCAUGUUUAAUGUGUCAAGACACAAGACUCCACAAAAAUCACAACUUCAGUCCCAUCAAUGUAGCAGCACUCAAACUUAAGGAAGAGCUGAAGAUCAAACUGCAGCCCUUACAGAAGAAGUUGGACACCUUAAAGCUGAAAGACCCUAUGAUGGAACUGCCCAACAUAUUCGCUUAUGCCUCGGGCCGGCCCUGCUCAGACACAAUCAGAGCCAUAGACGAGGAGAUGGGAGCUGAUGACAUCACAUUACUGCAGACCUACAAGAGCACAGUGGAAAGAGCCCAGUGCACACUGCAGGAUCCAAAGAGGGUUUCAGGAGCUCUGAUCAAUGUGGCAAAGCACCUGGGCAACCUGAAGUUCAGAGUCUGGGAGAAGUAUACGGUCUUAUCUCCUGUGACUCUGGACCCCAACACUGCACACGCUCUCCUAACUCUGUCUGAGGACCUGGCCAGUGUGAGCGUCCGUGAGCAGAGACAGCAGCUCCCUGAGAACCCAGAGAGAUUCGAUAGCUGCCUCUGUGUCCUGGGCUCUGAGGGCUUUAACUCGGGGACCCACCGCUGGGACGUGGAGGUCGGGCACAGUGAGGUCUGGCUGCUGGGCGUGAAGACUGAGUCUGGCUGCUGGGCACACAGCGGAGUGUCCAUCACAGCGGAGUGUCCAUCACAGCCGGAGACCGUCCUCACAGUCAAGCGGAAGCCUCUGAGGGUUAGAGUGCAGCUGGACGCGGCCAGGGGACAGCUGUCAUUCUCUGACCUUGAUAAUGACACACAUCUCCACACGUUCAUGGACACCUUCACUGAGAGAGUGUUUCCCUGCUUCAUCACUCACCUGUCCUUCAGGAUCUUACCUGUGAAGGCUGCAGAGAGCAGCACAGGGGGAGCCCAGACACACCCUACAGACCUCCACCUGUCUGCUCAGGUCUAAAAAAAACGUAGCCAUUCAAAUGACACCCAAAAGCACCGUUUUUAACAACUGUGUCAUGUGGUAUAUAUUUAUUGUAUAAUGCUGUUCUAUCACAAUUCCUUAUUGUAAUCAUAGUCUUAUCUGAUUAGUGUUACUCAUUUAUGAGGAAAUUGGGUUGUGUCAAGGAGAUGGAAGGAUUCUUCUGCUUCACUCUUAUCACUUAUUGAUUUUUAACUUGCGUCUCUGUCAGAGCUGUUAAUUGCUCUUCUGUCACUGUAAUGAAUAAAUAAUAUAUAAAUAUAUCAUUUUAUGUCACAUGUAUUACAAAAAGUCUCUCCAAACCACUAAGGCAAAUUGAAUCGGAAAUGAAAUGACUCGGCCACCCAGAGACAACAUGUUCAAGAAAUCAUCUCUUCCUCUGGUCAAGGACAAGGGUUUACUGGACACUUUUCAAAUGAGAGUAAUCCAUGUCAAAAUAGACUGUUUUCAGAGGGAAAAUAGCAUGAACGUAUAUUCUGGUAUAUUAAAGGUACUCUAAGCGA